GUUUAUUUCUCUUCCUGACAACGGGAACUACGUGUUUCAUAUUUGAAAAGAACACUGCACCCGGGACGAUGGGACUCCCGUUUCCUUCGCCUGUGAGCUCAGCGCUGGAUCGAAAUCGGCCGGAGAAGGUUUAUUUUGAAGAACAGCUUUGAGAAUGUUCCUUAAUCUUCUUACUGUAUGGAUGCCACUCGGAAUUGGUGUUGUUUCCAAGCCCAGCACGGCUAAUAAAGUUGUUACAGCCAUCCAGGGCCAGUUUGUCAUGCUGGGAUGCAGUUUGACUGAGUCAUCUUUGGAGCAUUGCACUGUCGUCUGGCAGCGAAGGGACAAUAAUAAGGUUGUCCACAGCUAUUACUAUAAAAAAGAUCAGAAUACCAAUCAGGAUCUACAAUAUGCGGGCAGAACAAGUCUAUUCCCAGAAGAGCUUAAGAAUGGAAAUGCUUCCCUGAAACUUAGAGAAGUAAAAUUACAGGAUUCCGGAUUGUACGAAUGUUACGUCUCGUGCAAAGCUGGGCAGGUUGAAAAUCUUCUGUCUGUCAACGUUGCAGCAUAUUAUGAUGAGCCAGUUUUGUGGAUCAAGCAGAAAUUGUCCGGCUGCCUUUUAACAUUCGAGUCGUAUGGCUUCCCUAAGGCUGAUGUUUCUUGGUACAGUGGAGAUAAUCUGAAUCAUUCCCUUCCAUCCAAAUAUACAUUCCAAAUAUCUGAAGAUGGUCUGUACAAAGUCCAAAGCACAAUGGAAAUCAAUGUCAGAGAAAGAACUUCAAACUAUACAUUUGUGCUAAGAAAUGCUGCUCUCAAUCAAACUAUUUUGAGGACACUAAGUCUUUCUUCAGAAAAUUUCACCGGAACCUGUGGCUUUUCCAGAAAUAAUGCUUUCCUCACAAGCUGCAUUCUUUUGAUAGGACUCAUAAUGCUUAUUUUAUUACAUAUAUGCUCCUGCACUAAAUUAAGGAAAAUGAAAAAAAAUAAUGUUGAGCUAACAUGAGACCACUCUGCAUUCAAGAGGUCUUGCUGCAGUACCAGCUCAGUGAGAGGUAUAAUUGCAGGGCGUUUUGGUUAAUAAUAUGUAUGUCCUGAGUUGACUUAGUUCCAGUGAUGUGUCUGAAUGGUUGGGAUGUUGAUGAGUGACUCAGUAACAAGCAGGAAUUGGGGUCUGAGUGAUAUGCAUGUAAUAGUAUUGUGGCAACUAUCGGUAUUCUUACUGCGUGAUUGUGAUUCUAUGAUUAUAUGGUUUCACAUUGCAAUGGGAUUUGGAGAUGGAGCUAUAAUCAUGCUGAAUGCUCCAUGUGCAAUGGUUUUGAAAGAUCCAGCUACAAUCAGGCUGAGGAUUCCACAUCUGAUGGGACAGAUGGAUCUGUCUACAAUCAUGUUGAUAGUUCCAUAUGUAAUGGAGUUGUAGGAUCUACCCAAAGAUGUGCGGAGAGUUAUAUGUGCAAUGGGAUUGAGGAAUCCACCAACAAUCUCAUUAAAUGUUCUCCAUGUAAUGGGGUUGAGGGAUCUACCUAGAAUUACUCUGAGAGGUCUAACCAUAAUGGGAUUGAGGGGGUUCUGCCUUCAAUCAUAUGCAGUGGGAUUGGGUUAUCUGCCUAUAAUCAUGCUGAGAGUUCCAUAGAACAUAGAACAAUACAGCACAAUACAGGCCCUUCAGCCCACCAUGUUGUGCCAACCUUCAAACCACUCCUAAGACUAUCUAACCCCUUCCUCCCACAUAUCCCUCUAUCUUAGAUUCCUCCAUAUGCUUAUCUAACAAUCUCUUGAACUUGCCCAAAGUAUCAGCCUCCACCACCACCCCAGGCAGCACAUUCCAUGCACCAACCACUCUCUGGGUGAAAAACCUCCCUCUGACGUCUCCCUUGAACUUCCCACCCAUUACCUUAAAGCCAUGCCCUCUUGCAUUGAGCAUUGGUGCCCUGGGAAAGAGGCGCUGGCUGUCCACUCUAUCUAUUCCUCUUAAUAUUUUGUAUACCUCUAUCAUGUCUCCCCUCAUCCUCUUCCUUUCCAAUGAGUAAAGCCCUAGCUCCUUUAGUCUCUCCUCAUAAUCCAUACUCUUUAAUCCAGGCAGCAUCCUGGUAAAUCUCCUCUGCGCCCUUUCCAACGCCUCCACAUCCUUCCUAUAAUGAGGCGACCAGAACUGGACACAGUACUCUAAGUGUAGUCUAACCAGAGUUUUGUAAAGCUGCAUCAUUACUUCGCGGCUCUUAAACUCGAUCCCACAACUUAUGAAAGCUAACAUCCCAUAAGCUUUCUUAACUACCCUAUCUACCUGUGUGACAACUUUCAGUGAUCUGUGGACAUGAACCCCCAGAUCCCUCUGCUCCUCUACACUGCCCAGAAUCCUGCCAUUUACUUUGUAUUCCACCUUGGAGUUUGUCUUUCCAAAGUGUACCACCUCAAACUUCUCUGGAUUGAACUCCAUCUGCCACUUCUCAGCCCAGCUCUGCGUCCUAUCAAUAUCCCUCUGUAAGCUUCAACAGUCCUCCACACUAUCCACACCACAGAUCUUUGUGUCAUCUGCAAACUUGCUAACCCACCCUUCCUCCCCCUGAUCUCUAAGUCAUCAAUAAAUAUCACAAAAAGUAGGGGUCCCAGAACCGAUCCCUGUGGGAUACAAGUAGUCAUAGCCCUCCAAUCUGAAUGCACUCCCUCCACCACAACCCUCUGCUUUCUACACAUGCACAUUGGAUUUGGAGUAUCUGUCUAAUCAUAAUGAGAGUCCUAGAUUUAAUGGGAUUCAGGAAAUAGGUACAAUCAUGUUAUGUUCCACAUGCAGACAAAUCCCUCAAUUCUUUUACAAUCAUCCUAUGUCAUGUGUAAUGGGAUUGAAAGAUCACCCGAAAUCAUGAGGAGUGACCACAAAUAAUGGGAUUGGGGCGUCCCUCUGUAUCCGGAGCGAUCAGAGUUUAUCGAUUAUAAAGAUGGUUCUGUAUUCAUGAGUUUGUGUGAUCACCUAUAAUCAUGAACGAUGUUCCAAAUGUUAAAUUUACUCUUGAGUGACUGAGAACUAAUGGAUACGAAAAAUCUUCCUCUGUGUGAUAGCGUUGAAAGGUUCACGCGAGUGUGUAAGGACGUGGUGCUACUUUCAGAGUGCAAGAUGAACUGGUUGAGAAAAUUAUUCACAACAACGUGAGAAUAAGAGGAAGAAUGUUUAAAGACUAAUUGUGCUUUAAAAAUAUGAAAAGUAGUUAAAUGAAGAAAAAGCUGUAAUUGUGAUCAAUGAUUUCUGGAUUCUGGCUGUACUGUAUGCUUGGAAACAUUAUCCUGAUUCCUAACUAACUAUCUAACUUGCUUUAAUUAUUAAUUAUGUUCUUUAUUUUAUACCUAAUGAAGUAAUUUGAUAAACUAAA